AUGGGACCAGCCGCCACCGCCGUGCUCCACAUGAUCCAUCGGUGCACCACCGACGUGCUCCUCCUGGGAGACGCCGGCGGCAAGAUGGCGGCCGUUCUGGCUUCGGCGCUCUGCCAACGAGAGAUCCAGGUUCAGAUAGUCGACAAGGACCUGUACGAGUCUCUGAAGCAGGAGCUGCGCCCAGAGACGCACGAGCAUCUUGUUCUCCUUUCUGGCUGGAGUCACUGCAGCAGCAAGGUGUGGCUCGUCGGCGACAAGCUGACGGGCGAGGAGCAGAGGAGAGCCCAGGCCCGCGUCCACUUCGUGCCAUACUCGCAGUUCCCUCCCGACGCGGUCGAAGAGCCUCCGGCCAACCUCGAACGACGCGAAGGCGUCGACGCAGGCGUACUUGAGCUGGUCAUACGUCAGCUUGCGCGCGUCCCACGCUCUGACACGCACAUGGAGCGGCUUCUCCAUCCUGACGCCCACGGAAGAAGGGCACUGCUACACGCUAGGGUCUUGUUUAGAUUGUAA